AUGAAGGGUCUCAAAGAACGCCCGGUUGCCACCCAUGUCGUCAGAGGCUGUUGGAUCCUUGUCUUCCUGCAUAUUGUCUCAUGUGCAGCUGCCUCGUCGUCCUCUACUUCCCUAGACCGACAGGGUGAGGCGGCACUGCUGACGCGCGUGGAGUUAAAGCAUGAUACGUUUCCAACGUAUGUCUACGGUAAAUCGAAGUCCGGCGCCCCCGUUAUCUACAAGCCGAAGCUUAGCGGCUUACGCGACUUCCGGAAGCUGUUUGUGCUGCAGACUGAUUCUUACAUGAUCGAUUUGCUGCUGCAGGAAACCAAUAUGAACUCGUUUACUUUAGUCUUAGAUUUUUCAGCGCUGUCAAGACGGCUGCGUGUUCCGACACUGGAAAUGUGGGACUCUCUAAGGACGGUUGUUGACCCGUUGCCUUCUGCUGUCAAGGCCUCCAUUGAGCAAAUGGUCACACGGGUGUUUGAACGGUGCGAGGCGGUGGUGGUGGUGAACGCGACGACGUUUCUCAAGCUGCUAAAACCCGUUAUUUCGCUCAUGGUGCCUGUUAGCAACGAGAAAUUAUUUGUUUCUACAGACUUGUCUGCGCUUUUUAAAGUAGUUCCCGCUACGCAAGUGCCUAGGCCUUACAACCCAUCCGCUGUUGAUGAUGUCAGCAGCAACGCACAGACGUCCAAGUUGUAUCAACUGCUUAAUGCUAGAGCGCAGGAGCUUCUGGGGAGACCUCUUGCAGUUGAUAUUGUUGGAGAGGGAUCUAUCUCGAAGGAUGAAAUGGGACCAGAGUCGCCUGCUAAAUUAUACGCUGUACCGGAGGCAGAAGCACCAGCAGCAGCUGCAGAUGAUGCAGCAACUGCAGAUGAUGCAGCAGCAGCAAAAGGGGCAUCUACAACAACAGAGCAAGAAGAAGCGGAUGAGGAUGAGGAUGAUCUUUUCGAUGACAUUGACUAA